AUGGCCUCUACGGUUGCUCAAAAUCAAGAGAAGAAUCCCCGUGGCAUUCCGAAGGCGCCUUUCAUCGCUGAUGUAGACGAAUACCUAGGUCCGCAUCCGGACCCAGAGACCUCUCUAAAAGAGUUCCAAGCAGCCCUUGCAAAAUAUCGGUACAUGGAUCAUAAUCUUGCCCAGCGUCGGCGUGGUCUGGAAGAGAAGAUUCCUGAUAUCAAGAAGACCUUGACCAUGGUGGAAUUUCUGCAUGAGAGGAGAGAAGGCAAGGGAAGGCCUGGUGAAGAAUGCGACGAGGACGACGACCUGGAAGAUGAUGAGGACACAUCCUCAAAGAAGCUCACGCGAACUACUUUCGAGUUGAAUGAUACCCUGUUUGCAGAGGCGGAGUUAGAAGACACGGAUACAGUCUAUCUCUGGCUCGGGGCGAAUGUAAUGCUAUCUUACAAGCUUCCAGCUGCGAUAGCACUAUUAUACGAUAAGCUGAAGGCUGCAGAAGGCAGUUUGGAGGGUGUGGUAGAGGAUCUGGAGUUCUUGCGAGAGCAAAUCACAGUAAUGGAAGUGAACACAGCAAGGGUGUAUAAUUGGGAUGUAAAGCGGAGGAGGGAAGUGAGAGAAAGGGAAGUGAGAGAAGGGAAAACAGACGACAAGGUUGGGUGA